AUUUCUGCUCUAAAGGGAGAUUGAUUUUGCUAAUGAGAAAGUGUUUACUCUUGCUGGAAAUGGGACCAAGGGCUCUGAUUAUAUUGGAGGAGGAAAAGGAGACACUCAGCUCCUUAAUUCUCCUUGGGAUGUCUGUUUUCAUCCAUUUGAAGAAAAUAUUUAUAUUGCCAUGGCUGGCCAACAUCAGAUUUGGGAGCACAAUAUAUUGAGUGGAAUUACCAGAGCCUUUAGUGGUGAUGGCUACGAAAGAAAUUUAAAUGGAUCCAGUUCUACAAGCACAUCCUUUGCACAACCUUCUGGUCUUUCACUGUCUCAAGAUCUAAGGGAAAUAUACAUAGCUGAUAGUGAGAGUAGUUCAAUUCGAGCUGUUGAUCUGAAAACAGGAGGAUCUCGUUUGCUAGCUGGUGGUGAUCCUCUCUUCUCGGAAAAUUUGUUUAAGUUUGGUGAUCAAGAUGGAACAGGCUCUGAAGUACUUCUUCAACAUCCGCUGGGGGUUGUGUGUGGAAAUGAUGGCAUAAUUUAUAUCACGGAUAGCUACAAUCACAAGCUCUCUGAACCCGCAGGAAUUGUUGAAGGGAGCAAUGGGAGACUAUUCAUAGCCGAUACAAAAAACAGCCUAAUCCGAUAUUUGGAUUUGAACACUAAUGAAUUUGAACUCUGUACCUUGGAGCUUAAAGGAUUUCAGCCUCCCAAACCAAAAUCAAGAUCUUUUAAACGUCUCAAGAGACGGCCAACCGCUGACAUGGUGCCAAUUAUUAAUGACCCCAUUUCAUCAGAGGAAGGAAACUUGUCUAUUAAAAUAUCUUUACCAAAUGGGUAUCAUUUCUCAAAGGAAGCUCGUAGUAGAUUCAGUGUUGAUAUUGAACCUGAAAAUGCUGUGAAUAUCAAUCCUCUAGAUGGACUCCUUAGUCCAGAAGGAUCUACAACGCUUCACUUUAAGAGAUCCUCUCACUCUGCUUCAAUCGGAAGAAUUAAUUGCAAGAUUUACUAUUGCAAGGAAGAUGAGGUUUGUUUAUACCAAUCCUUGCUGUUUGAGGUCCCCUUCCAAGAUGGAGUUUUUAACACUGCCCAAGCAGACGUCACUCUUGCCCAUUUUGUGAAACCCAAAAGUUCGACUAGCAACGUACUGCAGCCUAUUGCCCCAUAGCACGUUGAACCAGGUUUUUUACCUCAGUCUCAUGGCAUAAUGACAUUGAGAAAACCGUCAUGUAUGCAUGUAUGUGUUGCUUGCUCACACAAUUUCCAUGUCCCAUCGUGUAUUUAACCGGCGACAUGGGAAUUAGGUAAUAUUGCUGGUGAUUUCCUGAGGGAUUUGUUCUCAGUCAUGGUACACUCCUGGCAACAGUGAUCUGUUGAAUCCAUAAAAUAUCUAUCUUGAUCGCUUCAUGGACUAUAUUUAAUUUGUGCCGUGAAAAGCCGCUCCAAAACUCGAACAGAUUCAACCUGCAUUGCCUAUCCUUGGAAACUUUUGUUGAUGACUGAUGAAAAAGUUGUAGUAAAUGCAUGUCGGGCUCUUUUUUUCCUUACUUACGCCGGCUCAUGGGAAAUGAUCGAAGCUGUCAUUGAAGCAAAUGUUUUCCCAAGACUUGUAAAAUUACUACGCUAAUCUAUCUUUCUUUUUUAGUAACAGAACCAUUGACUUAAUAUAUGUUUCCUUUACCUUUUGUGAA